AUGGCACGAAGGCAGAAUAUUUACGCUGUACAUAUGGAUUGCGUUGGUAUCGAAACUGCUAAUAUUAAGCCUAGUAUCUUGUACAGCCGUCAAAAUUUGGUUCAAGCGUACAAACGAAUGGGAACUGCACCUUUUGAUUGUGAUAAAAAUAUGACUUGCGUUAUGAACCUUAGAGCUACUGGUGCAGGAGAGUUUCAUUCCGUAGAAUAUGAACCCUCACACGCCAAAGGGUCAAUUUACUUAGGAGCUAGAAACGGAUAUAUUUUUGCUUAUCGAGUAAACAAUGAACAAGAAAAAUUUUCACAAAUAUUAUUCACACUUGAUCUUGUCCGAGAAGUUAAUGUAAAUGGACUUAUUAAGAAGCCAGAAGAAGAAUUACACUUAUUCUCAAUCAACGGAAAAGAAAGUAUUCUCGUUAUAUGCGGCCCUGUCACGUACUAUCGACUCUACAACACGGAUCCUGGAGACAGCAUUAAAAUUAUUGAUAUUGUGAGAUCAGAAAUGUUUGUAGUCUCAGGAUUGGAAAAAAAGUGUCGAAAAGUUGAUUAUGAAGCUAAAAAGUCUCGGCUUAUAUUUUUCAUGGAUGGAUCUAUUGCAUAUGAGUUAAAGUUGACUAUCAAUCAUGACGGGCAGUUGAAAAAAUUUGAUGACCCUAAACUGAAUAAGUUUGACAACUUUCGAGGUAUUCAAGAACCUUAUGAAUAUAUUGAAAGCCUAUGGCCAUUGCAUCUUCGAAAUGGACGAUCACUGUUUUAUAAUCCAGAAUAUUUGAAUCUAUUUCGCCAACAAACAACUAAAUUUCCUAUGUCAUACUAUGGUAUACUGGACUGUACUUUUUUUGUAGUAAUGAGAGUGGAAGAUCUUACUAAGAUUGUGCCAAACAACACAGGAUGUGAUACAUCAUAUAGUAUGCGUGUUAUGCUUUAUGAUUCUUACGCAACCAUAAUCCGAACUAAAAACUUUAAAGACAUUGAAGCAGUAAGAAUUAAAGUAGCAAUCUACUAUCGUCAAGUUUUCACAGCAAUGAAAGAGAAAAAAUCCCUCAUUUAUCAACGUAAUAUCGUAAAUUCUGAAUUUGAUGCUAGCAAUCAGUUUAUUAUUGCACCAAAUACAUAUGGUGGUAUCUAUGUUCUUGACGAUUAUAUUUAUUAUCAAGAUAAGCCGUCUAAAGACUGCUUACUUUAUUAUAAACGACGUAAAAUUACGCUAAGUAAAAAGAAAUUGAUUGAGGAUUAUGUAAUGCGAGCAUCUUCGAUUGCGCAAAGACCAAUUAUAUCGGACUCAUGUACUUUUACAAUACGCUCUUCACACUACGAUGAAACAAUUAAAACAGUACUGUAUGUGUUACAACAGGGUCCUGAAAUUCAUCUGGCUACUACAAAUGUUAAGUAUUUUGAAAGCCUUAAAAUAUUGAAGAAGCAAUCAGCGCUGUUGUCGACUAAUGCUUCAAUCUUCACUUUGUAUCCAUAUGUUCUUUACAGAAUAUUAGUAUUCGUCAAUCAAUCCUUUUCACAUCUUGCCUUGUAUACUGGAAGAAUACUUUAUGCUGAGGCUGGUGUCGAGCGUGUAAUGGAUUCAGAAAUUGAUGCAGUUGAAGAUUUGGUACAAGAAUCAACAAUAGCAACUAAAGCUAUGCCCAAGAAAGAUUUUGAGAAAAUAGUCUACGGAGUAGAAUCAGAAAUCAUCGCAAGACCAGAAACUCAUGUGAAUCUAUGUAAAAUUAUUGAAGCGUAAGA